AUGGCGCCGACCGCACGAGUAGCACUACGCCCACCCUCUGCUCUCCGCCGCGGAGCCGUGCGAUGGCUCGCACACUCAGCAAUCACACGAAACGCCUCUCAACCCGCGCCGGCUUCUUCAUCGGCGCAAAACCCACAUGGCGCUCGUGUCGCUGCUACUGCCUCCUCCCCCAGCAGCUCCACUUCUGGUGGAGAUGCGCGAUCAAGGCUAGCAAGGUUGCAGGCACAACGGCUGGAAGAGCUGAACCGAGGACGCACUGGUGGUGGAGGAGCGGCCGCGCGACCCAACAAGCCGGAGCAAAAAUGGUCGAAUCGCACGCUGAUUGCGUUAGCAACGUGUGUGGGCGCGUGCACCUAUCUCAUGGGUACGUACCACGGGUACAACGCAGGAAAGGCACAUGCCCAGGAGCAAGUCGAGCUUCAGACGAGUGUACCCGUUGCAAGCCCAGGUGUGACGUCCCCGCCUCUCAUCAAGCCUGGCACUGCCACAGCUCUGCCCGCAGCCCCAGUGCAGACCUCUACGCUUUCGGCAGCCCUCAUGCAGCUUCUGCCGACCGGGCUUUCAACCAGUGCGAUUCAAUGCGAACCGGAAGCAAAAGCAAAAUGUCGACUCGCCGAACUCACACAGUACCACUGCGACCUCCAUGCCAACCGCGUCGUCUGCCAACCCAUCGACCGCAUCUUUCGCAUAUGCAAAGGUCGACCCGCCGUUGAAGUCUCGCACAUUGUCGAAUUCGACGACGCUGGCAAACCCUACCUUCCAGACCACCUCUCAGAAGCCAUGCCACCUUCAUCUCACUGGCACGAGCUCCGAUCGCCAGAUCUCUGA